AUGGCCUGUCUGGUACAUCGACUGAAACAGUCUAUCUUCAGACGAGCGCUUUCCCCAGCUAGGAAAUUCUGGCACACAGUGCUUGGAAAACUUGGCUACGGAGGCCAUUCUACAGCGUGGCUGUGUAGAGAUUUGCAACGCCAUGUCUACGUUACAUUAAAAACAUACGAACAAGGGUCUAGCCACGGAAGACGGGAGAAAGAAAUAUACGAGUAUCUUCGGGCUAUCAAAUCAAGCCAUACAGGCUCUUUGCUUGUGCGACGCGCCGUCGAUGACUUUCACAUUAGUUCUGCGAAUGCCUACUCCUACCAGUGUCUGGAGCAUCCUCCGCUAGUGAUGAGUCUCUGCGAGCUACGCAAUCGGGCCGUGGGGAAGGUGCUUCCGGAGGAGUUGCUCAAGCCGGUGUUGAUCCAUAUACUUCUUGCUCUCGACUUUCUGCAUACAGAAGCUGGGGUUGUGCAUGCUGAUAUCCAAGAAAACAAUAUCAUGCUGAGUGUCGAGGAUGAGUCUGUUCUCGUCGACUUCGAGCAGGCAGAGAGAUCUAGUCCCAGCCGACGCAAAAUAAUUGGCGACCGGGUGAUCUAUUCGUCCCGAGACCUAGGCAUUCCAAAGGUGCAUGACCGUCCUAUUCUAUCUGACUUCGGCGAGGCUCGCUUGAGUUCGAGCCUGGGGAAGUGGGAGGAUGUUCAACCUUUGGUUUACCGGGCUCCGGAGGUUAUGUUGCGGAUGCCGUGGAAUGAGAAGAUUGAUAUUUGGAACGUAGCGGUUCUUGCCUGGGGUCUUUUCGAGAAGAAACAUCUCUUCCGUGUCCGCGAUUCAAACAGGAAUGUCUCAGACAGCCACCAUCUCGCCGGGAUGGUGGCGAUAAUGGGCGCGCCGCCCAAAGAAAUGCUUCGAGAUAGCGAGUAUGCGAUGAAGUUCUUCGAUAGUGACGGCAAUUGGAUAGGGAUCGCAGAAGUCCUUUCUGUAUCUCUGGAGACGCUGGAGGCUAGUUUGCGAGGUACACAGCAGAGUUUAUUUCUCUGCUUCAUGCGGAAGAUGCUUCAGUGGCAACCGGGUAAUCGGACGUCCGCGAAAGAAUUACUGGCAGAUCCUUGGUUGAGAUCAGGUUAGGGUGGGUUUCUGUUUUUUUUUUUUUAUUUUUUCUAAUUCUUUUUUGUUUGGCCAAUGGGCGGAGAGAUUGAGAGGGGAAUUUUCGGUGGAUUUUAUCUAAUGUGUUUUAUCGCCACAGGACGAGUCACAUCAGGGAACGAUGGGCUCGAAGAAGAGUAUAGAGACGAUCUCAGAGGGGAUGAGUCUCGCCUUGGAUAAAACAGAUUCGACUAGGCCGAUUUGGGGACUAUUCUGCAGUUCAGGUUAAAUCCACGCUAAAUCCAUUAUUAAUUCAACGGUCUUAUAAAUGCAUGAUAAUCAGAA